AUGCGAAAGGUAAAGAAACUCCAACUCAAGCAGCAGGUGGCGGAGGUAGCAACUGCCUCUGGUGGCGGCGGCGCGGGCGCCGGCUCGGGCUCCGGGUUCGUGGGGGCCGGGGGUCGGCUGCCCAGCCGGGUGCUGGAGUUGGUGUUCUCCUACCUGGAGCUGUCCGAGCUGCGGAGCUGCGCCCUGGUGUGCAAGCACUGGUACCGCUGCCUGCACGGAGAUGAAAACAGUGAGGUGUGGCGGAGCCUGUGCGCCCGCAGCCUGGCAGAAGAGGCUUUACGCACGGACAUCCUCUGCAACCUGCCCAGCUACAAGGCCAAGGUACGUGCUUUCCAACAUGCCUUCAGCACCAAUGACUGCUCCAGGAAUGUCUACAUUAAGAAGAAUGGCUUUACUUUACAUCGAAACCCUAUAGCUCAGAGCACCGAUGGUGCAAGGACAAAGAUUGGUUUCAGUGAAGGCCGCCAUGCUUGGGAAGUGUGGUGGGAGGGCCCAUUAGGCACUGUGGCAGUGAUCGGAAUUGCCACAAAGCGGGCACCCAUGCAAUGCCAAGGUUAUGUGGCAUUGCUAGGCAGUGAUGACCAGAGCUGGGGCUGGAAUCUAGUGGACAAUAAUCUACUACAUAAUGGAGAAGUCAAUGGCAGUUUUCCACAAUGUAACAAUGCACCAAAAUAUCAGAUAGGAGAAAGAAUUCGAGUCAUCUUGGACAUGGAAGAUAAGACUUUAGCUUUUGAACGUGGAUAUGAGUUCCUGGGGGUUGCCUUUAGAGGACUUCCAAAGGCCUGUUUAUAUCCGGCAGUUUCUGCUGUAUAUGGAAACACAGAAGUGACUUUGGUUUAUCUUGGAAAACCUUUGGAUGGAUGACAGUGGCUUUGUUGGAAUGAAAGACAGAGUGGAGGAGAUAUCUGCUUAUGGAAAAUAGAAUCACGAAGUAACAGUGUCAUACAUGCAUGCCCAAGAAACAUCCUGAAAACCAUGUGAAAUUGUUAACUGGAGAAGCAACUCUACAGCAGAGAUUAUCUUAGUGUUUCCUCUUUCUACUGGGCCAGAAAAAUCCUCAGGGUUGCAGUUGGUUGAGUGGGCAGUUGACAUAUGCAUGUUACAACAAAUUUUGUCUCUAAGUUAGCAAUGUGUUAUUUCCAACUUUUAAGGUGAGAUUUUUAGGAAGCUAUAAAAGGGAAAAAGAUAAGGAAUUAGCAAGAUUUUAAAGUAGUGUGUUUGUGAAGAAAGACUGAUCCUGUUUUACAACUGCCUGUUUUUUCUCCAGACCCUUUGUUCCAGCCAGCUUGACUAUCAGAAAAGUAUGAAACUGGUUGGGUUUUAUUUAAUAUUUUUAAUAUAUUGAGAAGCAUGGUCUGCCUGGACUGCACUUCUCUACUGGUGAGAUAUAAAAUUGUGCAGCUAUUUUAAAAGUUGUAUAUAAAUGUGUGUGUAAAAAAAAAAAGGACAAAGGAUUGCUUUGUUCUAGUUAAAUUUCUUAAAAACCACUACAUGGUACAAAAUUAGAAUAACGUUUAAGGAUGAUUGAGUAACUACAAAGAAGAGGAUUUUAAGAUAUGUGUUAUAUUGGCUCAUUUUGUAUUACGUUUGGCUUACAAUUUCCACAGCUAUUGUAGUCUUUUUUUUAAACCAUCAAAAAUUAUUGUAGAGAUCCCUCAAUCUCCUGGUUAAAGAUUGAGGGAAGGCAAAUCUAUUUCCAGACGUACAUAUAUCAGUAAUAAUAAUAAUAAUGUGCAUCUUAAAUUAUCUGAUUUUAUUUUUUGGCCUUGUCUAAAAGUGUCUCAUAAUGAAUGUUGCCAUUUGUUUUUAUAGACCUCAAAUAUGAAAGCUGUUUGUCAUAUCCUAGGAAAAGAAUUAUGGUCUUUUUGUUUUGUAACUGUAUAAUGCUGUAGAUACAAAUUUUUUUUUUAUUUCAUAUUGUUUACAUCAUGCAACAACCUAAGCCUCAAACUCUUCAUUGGGGUUAUCAAGAAAAUGUUUACUCACCUGUCUAAAACAGUGCCAACCUGAAUCUAGGUUAAGAAUAUUCUUAAUCUCAUUAUAGGUAAUUGCCCCUAUGGGACUGGAAAUAAAACACCUAAUGUUGAAAACUUCAGGUUGGCAGUAUUUUGAAGGUAUCAUCAUAGAAGAACUUAACAUUAAUUCCAAUUCUGGAUUAUUGACUAAAAGUCAGAUUUCACUAAUACUCUUUCAAAUUAAUAAUCCAAUAUACAUGAGCUAAGAUCUUUCUUUUGUUUAGAAGAGAAACAGACAUCUUUCUGUAUGAAAGUAUAAAUUGUAUGAUUUCAGAUACAACUUUGUGAUAAGAAUUGACUAAGGCAAAUGGAAUCUUUGUACUUUUUAGGUUAUUAUUGUAUGUAUAUUUUGUUUUAAAUCUAAUAAAAUUAGGGACAGCAAGCAGCUGGCUGGGGUUCUUGGGUCGCUCCUUGAGAGAUAAGAUUAUCAGUACUCCUAUGAAGCAGGGAAUUUUAGUCAUGAACAAAAUUUUAUUUUUUGCCACCUGAGAGGUUUACAAGUAUUAUUGUGUAAUAUGAUAUCCCAUGUUAAGAAGAAAUCUGGAAACCAUAUUUAAUAAUACAGAGUACAGUUAUAUGUCAAAUGAAUUAGAGAACAUGGUACAUAAUUUUUCUUGGUAUAGGAUAACUCAAAAAAUGGGCAAAGUUUAAAAUUUAAUUGAAAAAGAGGACUGAUUCAGGAUAAAGAUUGAGCUAAUUAAAAAAUAAAGUCCUUUAAAUACUUGUUUCUUUUUCAGCUUGUGAAAGGGCCAACUCUAUAAGAGCUUUUGCUGAGAAUUCUGUUUAUAAUUUCUGUUUUGUCUUAUUAGUAAAUAUUCAUUUGUAAUAGUUUUGAUGGUGCUGAAUGGAAAACAGAAACACAUGAUUUUUGCCUGUUAAACCUAGAAUUAAAGUAAUGGCCUAAAUAUUUAACAAUAAGCCAUUCUUAUCUCUUAUCUCAAAGAUUUGAAUUCCUUAAUAUCCUACUUUCAGAUUUUAUAAACUGGUGGGUCAUAGUUAGCAUAAGCACUAGCAAUGAAAAGCCUUUAUUUAUAACCCCAUACAUUAAUUUGCUACUGGAGGCCAGUAGUAACUAUACUAGACAAUGAAAGCAAAGUGCUGUGUUCAAGGAAAUCAAAUCUUGUUUUCUUGGGUGCUGAUAAAGCAUUUAGGUAGAAGAUAAUGGCUCCUGAAGAUUGAAUAUAAAUUAUCUAAACCAGUGGUUUUCAAUCUUAGGUGUACUUCAAUGUGUUUUCAAAAAUAUUGAUGGCUUGGAUCUCAUACACUAAGAUUCUGAUGUUGGUCUGGGAUGUGGCAUGGCCAUAGAAUUUUUAAAAAAUUCCCAGGUGAUUUCAGUAUGCUGCCAAGGUUGAGAGCCACUGAUCUGAAUUCAUCUUAAAUGUUCUCAUCUGCAAAAAAAAAAAAAGAAAGAAAGAAAAAUCCUUGCUCCCUCUCUUCACUACCUCACAAGGAUAUUGAAGGUAAAGUGGAAAAUACUGGGUUACAGGAAACUGCUUAUGCUAUGGAUUAAAAAGUGCUAUUGAAAGGCAAAGUAGUUUUGUUAUAUUUCAAUUGAAAUUAUGAUUUAAAAUGUAUAAUUGAGUGUUUUAUUGAUUUGGGGCACUGGGAGCAUUCUCUGGUUCUUUCGUGAAGCAUGCAGAUGUGUAAGCAAACAUUACUAUUCUUAUAUGUACAAUGGUCUUCUAUCAUUUUUGAGAUAGGCUGUUUUAAUUAUCUGGUUUUACAUAGGAAAGAAGAAAUAUUAAGGCUUAAAGUCUGUAUUGGUUGGUGGCUCAAUUCAUUAAAAUUUUUCAUACAAAGAAUAUA